GAAUAUUUAUUAAUAACUGUGUGUUUUUAAGCCCUCCAGAUGAAGAGCUUAAACUGGCUGUGAAAGCUGUUGCUAGUAAUAUAAAAGGUGAUCCUGAAACAAUAGAAUCUGAGCUACAACAAAAAUUAACUUCAAUAAAUCUUAUCAAAGAAGAACAUGCAGAAGAACUUUCCAAAAAAGAGGAGGAGGAUGCUGAAAAGAAGGCAGAAUCCAUAUUAAAUGAAAAAGCAAACAAAAAUUUAAUGUCAUCUGUGGAAAAAAUAGCAUCCACUGUAACAGAAAGUCCAGCACAAUCUGAAUUAACAAAUAGGCUUUUGAGGCUAAACCUUGAAAGCAAAAUUUCAGCAGAGCAAAGGAAAUCUGUAUCAGAAACGCUUUCUGGUAUGAAAAUAGAAAGGAAACCUUUGGAUAUUCAUGAACAAGAAAGAGCUACUGAUCAGGUAAGCUCUUCAAGGAGAAGAUUUGAAUUGAAAAGAACUGCAGAUGUAAGAGAUCCAUCAAAAACAAGAUAUGAACUGAGACCUUCUGAUCAGAUAGAUUCAUUAAGGACAAAAUCUGUACCUAUGAGGCCACAAAUGAAACAGAAGAUAGAUCUUUUCGGUUCAUCUCCUUUAGGUAUAUUUCCUUCACCUGCUGGUGAAACAGUUGGUGCAAAGAAUGCAUUAUGGGAAAAGCUACAGGAAAAAGAAAUGAGAUUGUUAGUUCAAUUUGCUCCUACGAAUGCUUUUGAAGAAAUGAUUUUAUGGACAGAACAAGGAAAACAUUGGAAGUUCCCAAUUGAUAAUGACAUUGAUAUGGGUGCUGAAGAAAAUGUUGGUUUCCAUGAACAUGUAUUUCUUGAGCGUCACCUUCAUGGUUUUCCCACUAAAGGGCCUAUUCGUCACUUUAUGGAACUUGUAGUUGUUGGACUAUCAAAAAAUCCUUAUAUCACAGUAGACAGGAAGAUUGAAAAUAUAAACUGGUUCAGAGACUAUUUCAGAGAGAAAGAAGAUAUUCUUAAAGAAGCUGGGGUUUUAGAAGGAUAAUUCUUUAAAGCACUGUACAGUAGAUUUAAUAAAUAUGUUUACUAUUUGAAAA